CUCCAGCGGCCCGCAGAAACUUUCUCCGCCGCCACUUACUUCCUGUUUGGUCCGGAGCGGAUCCUCCCGAGCCGCCGGUGUCGGUCCGGUCCUCCCGCCGGUGUCUCCUGGUGUCCGUCCCCGGAUAGGAGUCACCCUCCUCGGCCUCCCCCGGUCUCUCCUCCGGCUCCAGUCCGAGCACCGGGAGGAGCUGCGCUCUUUGGCCGGCCGCGGCGCACCGCAGCCCGGCUGAGCUCCGCCGGAGCAGCCGGUGUCUGUCUGGUUCUCCUGCCGGUCGUCCUGAUGGAUUUUACCUAAACCCCGGACCGCGGAGCCCCGUGGAGCCCCGGUGAUGCCCCCUGAUGCCCCCUGGGGGCUCGGACGGAUCCCCGUGUCCCUUGUUCCGGUAACCAGGUCGGUGAACCUCGUUAAAGUCGCCCGGGUUUGACCUCUAAGUGGCCCGGAGCUCCGCCGCUCCGCUCCGGCCUGGAACCGGCCCCCGCUCCGCUGCUCUGGCCGAUUAAUAAGAAAAUCGGCACCUGCAACCGACUCCUCCUUCAACCGACUGCACCAUCAACCGAUUGCACCUUCAACCUUCAACCGACUGCUCCUUCAACCUUCAACCUUCAACCGGUUCUGGUUCCGGUCAUGGAGCUCCCCCAGACUCCCACCUCGCUGUGCUGCUGCCGUAAGUCCAUCCCCGGUUCGGGCCCCCCAGGGGCCCCUAACCGGCUCUCGGGGAACCAGAACCGGCCCCAGGGGGGCCCCCCGGGGCCCCGGUCCCCCCCCCUGGAGGACGUGGCCUCGGCCUCCAACUUCCGGGCCUUCCGGCUGCUCCACUUCCACCUGGACCUGCGGCUGAACUUCGCGGUGAAGGAGAUGAGCGGCUGGCUGGUCCUGGACCUGGUCCCGGUUCAGCCGGGGGUCCAAACGCUGGUCCUGGACUCGCACCCGUCCCUGCUGGUCCGCUCCAUCGACUGCAAGGUCCCCGGGACCGGUACCGGGACCGGGCUGGAGGAACCCGUCUCCCUCACCUACCGGGUCGACCCCUUCACCGACUACGGCUCUGCCCUCAGCAUCAGCCUCCCGCCGGCGGUCCGGACCGGCCGGAUGAUCCGGGUCACGGUCCGCUACACUACCACCGAUGGCCCCGCGGUCUGGUGGCUGGACCCGGACCUGACCUGUGGACGGUCUCGUCCGCUGGUCUUCACUCAGGGACACUCGGUCUGCAACCGAUCCUUCUUCCCCUGUUUCGACACGCCGGCGGUGAAGAGCAGCUACAGCGCCUCGGUCCGGGUCCCCGACGGCGUGACGGUCCUCAUGAGCGCCUCCCGGACCUCCUACUCCCAGCCGGACCGGGUCUUCCAGUUCUCCAUGGAGUUCCCGGUCCCGUCCUACCUGGUGGCCCUGGUGGCCGGAGACCUGGACCACGUGGACCUGGGACCCAGGAGCCGGGUGUGGGCCGAGCCCUGCCUGCUGCCCUGCGCCGUGAAGAACCUGGGCGGCAGCGUGGAGCGCUGGCUGGCCGUGGCCGAGGAAAUGUUCGGCCCGUACCUGUGGGGCAGGUGCGACCUCGUGUUCCUGCCGCCCUCCUUCCCCAUCGUGGCCAUGGAGAAUCCCUGCCUCACCUUCAUCAUCGCCUCCAUCCUGGAGAGCAGCGACUUCCUGCUCAUCGACGUGGUGCACGAGAUCAGCCACGGCUGGUUCGGCAACGCCGUCACCAACGCCACCUGGGAGGAGAUGUGGCUGAGUGAGGGGUUGGCAACGUACGCCCAGCGGAGGGUCACCAGCCAGGCCUGCGGUGAGGCGUUCACCUGCCUGGAGACGGUGGUGCGUCUGGACGCCCUGCACCGACAGCUGCGUCUCCUAGGAGAAGACAACCCCGUCAGCAAGCUGCAGGUCAAGUUUGAACCAGGUGUGAACCCCAGCUCUCUGAUGAACCUCUUCACCUACGAGAAGGGAUUUUGCUUCGUCUCCUACCUGUCGGAGCUCUGUGGAGACGUCAAGCGCUUCGAUCAAUUCCUCAGGGACUACAUCCAGGAGUUUAAGUUCCAGAGUGUUGUAUCUCAGGAUUUCAUCAGCUACUUCCUGCGUUACUUCCCGGAGCUGCAGGAGGCCGCCGUGGCUGAGAGGGAAGGGCUGGAGUUUGAGCGCUGGCUCAGCGGUUCUGGGCCGCCCCCCUUCGAGCCGGACCUGUCUGCCGGCCAGUCCCUGAUCCAGCCGGUCCAGGACCUGUGUGACCUCUGGACGACCUCUGACCCCCCCGACCCCAGCAGGCUCCGCCCCUUCGACCUCUCGGCCUGGAACACCUUCCAGGUGGUUCUGUUCCUGGACCGGAUGCUGGACCGGAGCCCGCUGCCCCCCGGUGUGAUGUCCAGUCUCUCCAGCUGCUACUCUACCCUCUUCGAUGGUCUGAAUGCUGAGGUUCAGAUCCGCUGGCUGCAGAUGGUGGUGAGGAAUUCCUUCUACCCCGACCUGCCGCGGGUCCGAGCCUUCCUGCACAAACACACCUCCAGGAUGUACACCGUCCCGCUGUACGAGGACCUGGUUGCCGGGGUGAUGAAGUGCGUUGCCAUGGAGAUCUUCUGCCAGACGCAGCGGCGGCUGCAUCCCAACCUGCGGCGGACGCUGCAGCAGCUGCUGUUCGGGCCGGGCCUGGCCCCGCCCCCGGACCUGGCCACGCCCCCUGCCCCGGCCACGCCCACCCUCAACGGCUCCGCCCCCUCCUCCCCGCUGGAGACGGCUGCUGCCAUGGCAACGGCUGCCACGGCAACGGCUGCCAUCGCCUUGCGGGACGUCAACGUGUCGGCGUGACGACCGUCAGGAUCCGGGCACUGGACCAGGAACUGGACCAGGUCUAACUGGACCAGGAACUGUAGUUGGUGAUAGUCAGCGGUCCAGAACCAGAACCAGCACCAGAACCAGAACCAGAACCAGAACCAGAACCAGCACCAGCAGAUUCACCCGAGUGGCCUUGAACUCACCAGCAGAUCCGGGUUCGGUUUUUCCGUUUUUUUUAUGUGGAACCUGAACGUCUCAGGAGCUCCGGAUUCCCAGCCGACAGUGAACGCACCGUCAGACCGAAUGGGAGAAAAUGAAAAACACUUAAAACCUCAGAUUUCUGCUUUUUGUCCCUUUUGAACGUUGAAUUAAAAAUAAAGAAAUAACGAUCUGACAAAAGCAGAAAGAAGUAAAAGCUAUUUACUAUAUUUAUUAUUUACCUGAAGGCGUUGGACUCGAGGAAAUAUUCAGAAACUACGUUUUUUUUUGUCUUCAAAAUGAUGUCCAAGCCUUGAUUUAUUUAUUUUUUAGGGAAACUUUUAUUUUCAUGGUCGGAUCUGUUUGAAGUUCUUUGAUGUCAGCAGGUUCGCUCUGGGGUUUUAAAGCCGUUCAUGUACCGGAAGUACAUAGCUGUGCCUUGUGGUUUGGUGGCAGUGACGAGCUGCGUUAAUAAAAAGAUAAUGAUUCUUGAUUUAGCUUUCUUUCUUUCUUUCUUUCUUUUUCUGUAGAAAUAUCUGAGAAGCUUUUAAUUCUUUGUGGUUUAUUAUGUUAAUUAAAAACCAAG